CUCCCUGUUCAGAUUCAGAACCAAAGCUGAAUAUAACCACUCGAAGGGAAACGGGUACGGACUCCUGGUCAAACCUGGAGCUGGAGGAGAGAGGGAUCUCAUCAAGGGGAGGACUGGAGGAGGAGAGGUCCGAGAGGAGAAAUGUUCUUUCACUGUUAGGGUUUGGCUAUUUUCCCUCGUCUGCAAUUUAUGUCUCAAUUCUUCAAUUUCACCGUUAAUGGUGGAAAAUGUGAGAUUUUUACAGCUCAUGGUUGAGUGGUUGUUUUGAGCUGAAGCAGUUGGUUAUAAACAGAUUUCUGUAGUGUCUCCUCACCAAUAUGGCUUCUGCUGGUAUCGCCCCUCCCUCGGCAGUUGGAAAAUCUACUGACAAUUCAAUGUCUGUUGAUAAACUUCCUGAGGAAAUUAAUGAGAUGAAGAUCAGGGAUGAUAAGGAAAUGGAAGCUACUGUGGUGGAUGGAAAUGGAACUGAGACAGGUCACAUUAUUGUAACAACAAUUGGUGGCAGAAAUGGCCAACCCAAACAAACUAUAAGUUACAUGGCAGAGCGUGUUGUUGGGCAUGGUUCAUUUGGCAUUGUAUUUCAGGCAAAGUGCCUAGAAACAGGUGAAACUGUAGCAAUCAAGAAGGUUUUGCAGGAUAAGAGAUAUAAGAACCGUGAGUUGCAGACAAUGCGCCUUCUUGAUCACCCCAAUGUGGUCUCACUUAAACAUUGCUUUUUUUCAACAACGGAAAAGGAGGAGCUGUAUCUCAACUUGGUGCUUGAAUACGUACCUGAAACAGUUUAUCGUGUAGCUAAACACUACAGCAGGGCAAAUCAACGAAUGCCUAUGAUAUAUGUCAAACUCUACACAUAUCAGAUCUGUAGGGCAUUGCUAUAUAUUCAUGGGGGUAUUGGAGUUUGCCACAGGGACAUCAAGCCACAGAAUCUACUGGUUAAUCCUCAUACUCACCAGGUUAAGCUUUGUGACUUUGGAAGUGCGAAAGUAUUGGUCAAAGGCGAGCCAAAUAUAUCAUAUAUUUGUUCACGAUAUUAUCGAGCACCUGAACUUAUAUUUGGGGCAACGGAAUACACUACUGCAAUUGACAUUUGGUCUGUGGGUUGUGUCCUUGCUGAGCUGCUUCUUGGACAGCCUCUCUUUCCAGGAGAGAGUGGAGUUGACCAACUUGUUGAGAUAAUCAAGGUACUUGGUACACCUACACGAGAAGAAAUCAAAUGUAUGAAUCCAAACUAUACAGAAUUCAAGUUUCCACAGAUCAAGGCUCACCCCUGGCACAAAAUAUUCCACAAACGCAUGCCCCCAGAAGCAGUGGAUCUUGUCUCAAGAUUCCUUCAGUACUCUCCAAAUCUGCGAUGCACUGCUUUGGAGGCAUGUGUUCACCCAUUUUUUGAUGAACUUCGUGAUCCGAGCACCCGUCUUCCUAAUGGGCGUCCUUUGCCUCCUCUUUUCAACUUUAAACCCCAAGAGUUGAAGGGAGCAACCCUAGAGCUUGUGGCAAGGCUGAUACCAGAGCAUGCUCGAAAGCAGUGCCCUUUCCUCAGUUUCUAGAUUGUCACUUUACACAAAGAUAGGUAUGAUGUUGAUGUGCAAGUGUAACAUAUUGUUACUCUUCCAGUUCGAAGAAAUAUAGAUGACAUUGUUUGGUGUUUUGAAAUUGUCUCCAAAAUGAUGGCUUGGAAACUGAAACUGGUUUUAACGAUGUAUAGACCUGCCAAUCUCUGUAUUCAAUCUGGAAAUGACAUUGAAAAAGGGAGUUUGCUAUUGUAUCCAAAUGCUGAUGUUGACAGCUAAAAGAUUUGCCCCUUCAUUUUCAUCUUUGCAUUACUGUUUUUUUAUGGAUCUUCUUGGACCUCUAUGCCCUGUACUUUUGCAUUCUCUCUUUUAUGUAUUCACUAGUUUGGUUGGCGAGUAAAAA